GUGAAUCACUAAUUAUUAGACCCACACAUCAGAAAACCUGAACCGACAGCUCCUCAAUCUAAACCCCGGUCAAAAGUCAAAACCCUAACUCCUGUCGUUUCACUCUUCCAUGGCUCUGUCUUUGCUGAUUCAUCUGUAAAACCAAAAUGGCUCAAAAGCAGCUGCUUAAUUCCGUUCUUCGUAUUUGCAGAAUCACUAGAAUCCACCAACAUCAAAACCCUUUUAGUCAAAUCUUUAACACCACUACUUCUAUCACAAGAAAUGCUCAUUUUCCUUCCCCAUUUUUACCAGCAGGAUCACGAUCAUAUGCACGCGAACGGCGCACAGAUUAUGAUUUAUUUGGAAAGGGGAGGCCGGGAGAUAGUGACUUCCGGAAAGCCUUGGAGAAAGAGAUGGCUGAUGAUAAUACUCUUUGGACAGGAAGUGAGGAUGAAAGUGAUGACGAGAAUAAUCAAGGGCGUCUUGAGAGAGAGAUAAGGAAAGUGAAACAGCAAGCGAAGGAGAAUGCUGAUCUUAUUGAUGGUGACGAUAGUGAUGAAUUGUGGAGCGUUUGGUCAGGUGACGAGGAGAAGACACUAUGGACGGGUGAUGAAGGUGAUGAUGACGAUGAUAUCCCCACGGAACCUCACCCAAAUGAGAAGAGUGAUGCUUAUUUGGAUAAACUAUUUGAAUUUGAUGAAAAGCCAAAAUAUCGAACGAUUUCAGAAUUGUUAAAAGAGGAGGAAGAGCCGGAAGAAUUGUCUCCGGGAAAGCAAGCUAGAAAAAUUGCGGUUGAAAAUGCCCUCAAGAAACUUAAAAAGGGUCCGGAUGGUAGGUACACCAAUGUGUGGGAAGUCAUGAGUGAUUUGGACAUUCUUGUGGGAGCAUUUGAAAAUAUUGUUUCCGGCCCAGAAUAUGCCGAGCUUAGGAAGGGAGGUCCAAAGAGGUUGAAUAUGCAGUUUUUUAAGGAUAUUCAAGCUCGUAUGAGAGAUCCAAAUUAUAAGUUCUCCCCUGAGUUGAAAUUGAAACCAAAAAGUAAGCUAGUCCGUCGAAAGAAAUGGCAGAAGACGCAGUCCAGACGUAGGAAAGCUCAGAAACGUUAAGGUUGUGUUUCUGGUUUGUGAAGAUUAAAACUGGUUUUCUGUAUUUACUUUACAUUCUAGAGUUGUUACAUUUUGAACUAGUGGAAGCUGUCUUCGUCAUUAUCAUCGUGAUAGCUUCGUGAGGGUUAUAUGAUAUAGGGUAUUGAUAUUGGUUCAACUGCUUGUCUUGAAUGUACCUUAGUAUGUUUGUGAUAUCUGUUAAUUGCAUAAAUCUGCUUUUUGCUUUUCU